UUAUUCAGACAAUCAAAUUUUAUAUUAUUCGUGUUCUAAAUGAUAUGCAUGAUUUGGCAACAUCGCAUUCGUUACGUUAUCAUAAAGUCUGAAUUUUCAACAAAAAUAUUUUGUUUCAUUUAAUGUUUCAUUAAAUUGGCGAAGAGUAGGUUUUAUUGUUCAGUAAAUAUAAAAGGGUUGAACAUAGAUACAACGUUCAAAUGAAAUCUUUAUUUACUCGGUAGGUAACGUAGAGUGUUUGACCAACACAAGUAUCUAGAACUGGGUUAUAUUGUUGGUUGUCAAGAAAAGUGAGGAAAAAUGGCGGACGAAAGUGAAGAACAGUGGUUAUAUGGAGAUUCAACGGAUGGAAAAGAAUUAUCGCCGACAAAUGUUCAAAUUGAAAGUCAACAAAAUGAUUCAAUACCUAUUAAUUCUCAAGAAGCAUCACAAAUUUUGGAAGAAAAGAAAAAUGAUAACGUUCCAGAAAGAUUAGCCGAGAUAUCAGAAAAUGCAGGUUCACCUAGAGAAGAAUGUACAUUGAAUAAUAUGCAAGAUGAAAAUGAUCCUGAUGUUAGUAAAAAUGGUACAAGAGAAGCUUCCAGUCAAGAGGAUGGAGAAGCUGCAAGUGAUUCUGAUUCUGACGACGACGUUCAUGUAGUUAUUGGGGAUAUUAAAUCGACACCGGCAUAUGGUAGUUUAAAUAUUAAAAGAGGUGGCCUACUUACGACCGCAUCAGGGGUACCUGAUAAAUUGAAUAAGCAACCAGGGAAAUUUAGUAUAGACGAAUUCGAAACAAUUGGUGUUAUCAAUGGAAUGCCAGCUCAUGAAUUUAAUUUAGAUCAAUUAGAAGAUAAACCAUGGAGACAGCCUGGUGCAGAUAUAACAGACUAUUUCAAUUAUGGUUUCAAUGAAGAAACUUGGAGAGCUUAUUGUGAACGACAGAAAAAAAUGAGAAGUGAAUCUGGAGUAGGUUUGAUAUUAAAUGCGGGAGGCGGUGGAAGUAAUCCAGGUGGUAUGCGAGUACCACAAGUAGCAAUUACUAAUGAUAACAGUAAAUACUCUGGUAUCAUGGGACCAAAACGAGCUGGACCACCGCCAGGUAGAAAAAUGGCUGGCACUAUAGAUGUCAUCGGAAGUUCAGGAUUAGCUUCUAGAAGGAAUCUUGAUAAAUCACCGCCUAAAGGAAACGUAAUACAAGUGAUGACAGCAGACAGAAGAGAAUAUUCUAGAAAACCAGGUUUUCCAGAUAUGAGCGUACCACCGCCAGGAGCAGGAUUACCUCCACCCUUCGAUAUGCCACCUCCUGGAUAUCCCGGAGAGCCAGCUCCAUUCUACAUGCCUGAGACUGAUCCGUAUUAUCAAAGUUAUGAACCUACUCAAGAUAAUCAAUGGGGUAACGAUCCAACUUGGCAACCAACAAAUUUAGCCAUUCCAAUGACAGAAGGCGAAGAAGAGAAAGAUAUGGGCCCUAAAACGAUACCCACAAUGGUACCACCGAUAUCUAUACCACCUUUGAUGCCACCUAGAGAUCAACGAGAUAUUCGAGAACGUGAGAGGGAUAGAGAUCGAGAUAGGGAACGUGAAAGAGAUUUGGAUUCGAUGGGUAGGGAGAGAGAAAGGGAAAAAGAAAGGGAGCGUGAUCGUGAAAGGGAAAAAGAUUCAAUGAUCAGAGAUCGUGAUCGAGAAAGAGACUCCGUAGCACGAGACGAAGAAAGAGAUCGCGAUAGAUCACGAUCGCAAUAUCGACAUAAAGAGAGGCAUAGGCAUCGUUCAAGGUCACGAUCUCGUAGACACAAAUCGCGAUCGCGAAGUCCGAGUAGACGUAAGAAGAAAUCAAGACGCUCCGACCGGGAACGUUCUAAAGAAGAAAGCGAAUGAAUAGAAAUGUAUAUAUAAAUAUAUAUAUAUAUAUAUACACACAAAUAUAUAUAUACAUAUAUAUAUAUAUAUAUAUAUAUAUACACAGAUAUACAUACACGUAUAUAUAUAUGCAUGAUUAUGUAUGUAUAUAAACAUCGUUGUCUAAUUAAAAAGAAAUCGACGUUCGAAGCUAAAAAAAGUUUCAUACUUUUUAAAAAUUGUUUUUGAUGAUAAUCCAUAUUCGCACUGUAUUUUCUUCGCAGUCUGUAAUUUCCUGAAAUUCACCAUGAAUGCUAUCUCUCUCUCUCAUGGUUCUUAAUUAUAAGUAAAGACAAUUAUCAUUUGUGAGCGAUAAUGAAAUAAAAUUUAUUGAUUACAACAAAAUAAAAGGAAAAAAAAAAAAAAAGAAAAAAAAAGAAAAAAAAAUAAUUUGCUCGUCCUAAUGAUUUUUAUAUCCCAUCACCAAUUUGUAUAAUCCUGUAAUUGGGUUAACCGAAGGAAACAAAAUUAAUGGUGCAUUAAAGGAAAUAGAAAUAUUAAAAUGACAAACACGUGCCAUUCAAUGUAUGGUUUUAUAUCAUAAUGUUAUUACAGAAAUUGUAUUUCAUAAUAAUUAAAAGUAGUAAUAGUUUAUUGGUAAAUCACUCACGCGGGUGAAUUAAUGGAUCGAUAAUAACGCCGAUUUUCUAAUGUCGACCUAAUAUCGAUCGUCGCACACACGUGUGUUUUCUUUCUUCUCUUCUUCUUCUUUUUUUUUCUGUUUUUCUCUUUUUCUUGUUCAAUUAUACUUCCUUUUCUUUUCUUUUUUUUUUUUUU